UUUCCCUUCUUAAUACUAUUCUGAGCACUGUGUGAUGAUGUCCAUGUUAUGUAACUGAUCCGACGCCGCGUCUGCACGAGGCGCCCUUCUUCGCCGGCAUCUACCUGGUGUCCGCCGGCACCGGCAGCCACAAGCCGGCUCUGGAGAGCUUCGGCGCGGACCUGUUCGACGAGGCCCACGCGGCGGAGCGGGUGCGCAAGAUGUCCUUCUUCAACUGCAUAGGGCGAAUGGAGAAGGAAUGACCGGAGCGACGCGCGCUCGCUUCCGGUGGACGGAGGUCGUCCGGGCAACGAAGGUAAGGAGAGCGGCAAUUCGAAAGGAAGAACGGCAAGCUAGGGCGCAGGAUCGCGUCAGGGAAGAUUCGAAGGGUUUCGAGCGGAUUUUUGGGAGACGCAGAUCCCCGCCGCGAAUCUUGCAGCCGGAGUCAGAAAAGUCACAUGAGAUUGAGGAUCUUCGUGAGUUGUUCGCCAAUGCUGGGUUUUCGGCAGAAGAAUGGGAGAUAUAUUUGCAGACGGGUCGCAAAGGGUCGCCGGAACUUCCAUCGCAGGUACGUCGAUUCUCUGAUGUCGGUCGGACAAUGGGUGUCAAAGUGAAACCUUGGAGCGGUCCGCUGCCAAAAGCCCGGGUGUCACCGGCCGUUACUCUCGGCAUGGUGCUGGAGGCAGCGAAACAUAAUCAAUCGAAUUUCGUCGGAAGGCCGAAGGGGAGGUCGUCAAUUCCUGAUCCGGUUUCUUCGGAGGGAACAAAUUCAAACGCUGUGUCUGUGCGUCGAGGGAAGGGAGACGACGCGGCGAUCCCUCUGGGCUCUUCGGGUGCUUGUGUUGGGCCGGAUCACUUGAUUUCUACAAGCGGUGCCAACACAAGGAAGCAAUCUACGGAUGUCACGGCCGAGACGAUUUCUCUGCCUGGGCUGAGUUACUCACCUCAGGCCCAGAAGUCUCGGGCCAAUAGCGAGGUUUGCGCUUUGAUUGGCACGAGAUCCAUGCUUUCGUGGAAGGAGCGUAAUCCAGGUAUUGCUGCUAUUUCGCGACGGUUGUUUACUAGGGAUUCUCGAAACCCUAAACCCAGUUUCCAGCCACACAUACCCCGCGCCACGUUUUUAUCUUUUGGCAAAUCCUUCGCUGCUGCCGUCAUGUCAGGUGGAGGAGCGGGAGAUGCAUUGCGUGAAGGGGACAAGGUAUGGAAGGAGGUGGGUCGUCGGAGGGCUGUUUCCCAAGAAGAUGUCGGGCGUCACCAUGCUGGCCGUGUGCAUGGUGGUCAUGAACGUGGCCGUUUUACCUGGCGUGGUAGGGGAAGCCGCUUUGGAGGCCGCUUUAACAGAGGGCUUGCAAGGGAGUCCAGCGAGUCCAGUCGAAGUGGUGCUCGUGGGAGAGAAGAAAAUGCUAACAAGCGUGUUGCGGAUGAGGGACAGGCGACAGAUGCUAAUGGUAAGAAACACAAAGCUGAGCUCUGUUGUGAGAUCUGUGAAGAAAAUCAUGUGCCUUUGGAUUGUCCUGUAUUCAAUGGUCCCAAACCAAGUGCAAUUCUAUGCGGAAUCGCGGGGGGUGAGUCGGGUUUUUUCCAGAUUCCUGUCUUUGGGGCCAAAGGAACGACCCCUUCGAAGGAAACGGCAACUGCUUUCAUUACUGUUAAAAAGGGAGCAGUGUCGCCAAACUUGAUUAAGUCUGAAAUGACACGUCUUAUUCCGGUUAGAUGGCAGUGGACGGUACAGGCUCAUAGUGAUGGUUUUGUUGUCCCUUUUCCUAGCAUUGUGGAGCUACAGCGGAUGGUUGCUAUGAAAUAUGUACAUACUGCUGGUGGUGAGGGUAUUAUGCAAAUUCAACAGUUGGAUCAGAAGAUUGAACCUGUGCAGAUGCUCCAAAAGGCUUGGAUUAAUGUGUAUGGGGUUCCCUUUGAGAUAAGGUCCUUUCUUCCACUUUGGGCAAUUGGUUCUAUAUUAGGGGCCACCCAGAAAGUUGAUUUGAGAUACACUAAGAGGAUGGGAGUCUGUAGACUUAUGGUUGGGGUCACUGAUGUGGCUAAGAUACCGGACGCUGCAGAUAUAGUGGUGGGGGAAGGUAUUUAUGAGAUCUUUUUUAAAGUCGAUAAGGUUUGGAGGAAUGAGGUGUGGGAGGAUUUUAAGGUCGAGGAAAAUAAUGAGGGAGGAGAUAAAGGACAACAUGAAGACCCGGAUGAGGUGUUUGAUGGCCUGGUGGACAAACAGCCGAUGCCCGGGUCUGUUUUGAAGGAUACUGUAAUGGAGGAUUCUUCAUCUAAUGGUAGUGGGAAUCAGCAAAGUGAUCAAAAGAUCGCAGAGUCUGAUCAAUUUGUUGUGGAGGACGCUCUGAAUUCAACAGUCUCGGUUGGGCCUGUGGAUGGAAAUGCAGAAAAGAUUGGGCUUAUCUUUGAUUGUCCUUUUUCCCAGCCUGAGGGCGUCAUGGCUGUCAAUGAUAGCCUGUCGGAGGACUAUGGCGCUGGCAUUUUUUCUCCGGGCGCUUUGACUGAGAAAGCUAGCGUGCAGGAGACAAGAGGGACAGGGCGUUUGACAAAUGCACAUCUGUGCUGCGGCAUGGUGCCAGACGGUGAGGUUGUUCCUUGCUUGGGAGACCGUGGUAUUCUGGUUUCUGGUGCAAAUGGUGCUGGCGAUGGGGACUCAGUUCCACUAGAGGGUGUAGGCAACGCAGAUGUAUUUUCGGUCCCGGACUUGGAAUCGUUAGCCUGCGGUGGUAUGCCAGCGAUGGUGGAUGGCCUGCCCAUUGAUGCUCCAGUUGACAUGCAUGCUGCCACAAAAGAUAAUGAAUACAGGGCUCAGGACAUGCCUUCUAAUGCUGGUGCAGAUGGAGCUUUACUUGGCUCCCUGCACAUUUCUACCGGAGGUUCCGAUACUGUGUGUCAGAUGGAUUUGGGUACGUUGAAUUUCACUAGCCCGAAUCCUCAUCAACAAUUUUCUUUUAAUGCCCACCCUGAAAUUUCUUUGCAUCAUCACGAUCGUAAUAAUUGUUCUUCCUUGCCGCUUAAUUCAGAUUUAAAGGACAUGUUUUCCUACCAGUCCUACGACUUAGACGGGAACUCUGCCAUUUCAGAUUUACUUACUAAGGAGUUACUCGUCUCUUUAUCUCUUACUCAGAGAGCAAAGAAAAAACAGCUAAAUCUAGACGAGCAGCAGUGCAGGGCUAAAAGAAUCAAUUCGGAUGAAGAUAUCAUGAGCAAAGCACAGCGUUUGGCUGCCAAGCGCAACUUAGAAACAAGUGAUUUUCAGAGGUACACAUUGGUUCAGAUUUUGGAGACUCCUACAGAAGGAAGAAACACAACAGCAAAUCCAUGUUGUGUGUCAGUCUUUGGAGGUGGUGGCCAUGGAGGUCUUCGCGAGCCACGGGUGGCGGUCUAAUUCAAGGAUUGACGCGGUUUAGUGUUUGUGUUCUUAUAUUCCAUAGCAUGUUUUAAGUUGAAGUUUGUUUGAUUCACAAACUGUUGAGAUGAUGUAUUAUUUGAGCUGUAUGGCUGUAUGCAUGAACAUGCAAAAGGCCGGAAUGAUAUUUCCAUUUCCAAAAAAUGUAACUGUUGUGUACGUGAAUAACUGAUCCUGGCACGUACGUGGUUCGCAUUCGGUUUGCCUUCUAAAACCGGGUGUGACACCACCACAGCUUGACCGCUAGACCAACCCAAGUCUUCUUCUGCACUUGUCACGUCAAAAAAUGUUGUUUGGUGUCUAGUUGCCCAAACCCUAUCAAGGCCAUGUUUCUUUCCAUAGAUCCUCCCAAAUCUUCAUAACCUUUCUAGUGCUCAUCCUAAUCGAUCUCAUGCGACUACCUCUUCUUUCACCUAGAUCUGGUAAUCCUUUUUCUUGGGAAUCAUGUUGACUUUAUCAUCUGAAUCUCGGGAUCCCCUAUUGAUCCUGCCCUGUUAUCUUGUUAUCUUCUAUAACCCGUUCUCAAGUAUCGGAUGUUGAUCUGCCUAAAUCUCUCAAUUCUAAUAAUGCUCAUACUCGUUCUCUGAGGAUCAUGACGCUGUUUUAUCGAUUCUAUCUCUAAGCAGUGUAUCCAUUUGGUUCAAUGGAUGUUGCUAUUAUCUUUGGAUCUCUCAUGUCUCUAAAAGCUUAUCAAUCUUGAUCUCAUGGUUGGUUCCCCUCAUAUCCACUCUCGUAUAAAUCUCUGACCUGAUAAUCUCCGUAUUAAUCAUAAAAUAAUUCUCUGAGUUGAAGAAAGUUCUUAUGUGAUGCUCUUUUGCCAGCAAUCUCUGCUUCAAUUCUGAUCACAUUCUUAUUUUCUGGGCCAUACUCUCAUGGGCUCCAUCUAUUUGUGUCACGUGGUUUUCUCAUUGGUUAUGUUUAGUAAUGGUGUGCGACUAAACGACUGAUGGUGCCGCGACGAAACCGAGAGCCUACUAUGGUGCACACAUGGUUGAGCUUCUCGGCACGCGCUGGUAUCGCAGUUAAUAGUCAUGAUCCAUUACGAGACCAUACUGAUGUGCUAUCUUUUGUGGACACUCUCUCAGAAUGACCGCUGCAUUUUGUCUCGAUAUGUCGCGAUAUUCUAACCAAAUCUAUCUUCAGUAUCUUGUCAGAUCCCAUCUUAUGAAUUUGCGUCUAUCUUCAGUCUGGGAGUUACAUGCUUCUCCACCCUUGAAUAUCCUCAUUCGAAUCUCGGGACGAGAUUCUUUUUAAGGGGGGAAGGCUGUGACACCCCAGGUGUCAGUUUUGUGUUACGUCGCGAGAUUUAUCCUAAUCUCGGAUGAUCAGUAAAAAUUUCUAUUUCUCGAUCGUGCCUAUCUCUGUUUAUCAGGCUUUCUCUUGGAAGUUCACCAAAUUCAGAGAUUAUCGAUCGCGAGAAACAACCAAUUUUUGAGCGUGUUAAAACUUUUAUCUCUCGGAACGGAUGCAGACUCGAAGAUCAAUCUCGACUCAUAAAUCUCGUCUGAAGCUCAUUUAAUCAAACUCUCGACGGCUGUUAUCUGAUCUGAGCCCGAGUUUAAUUCCUCGAACGUUGAUCUAUGUCGGACUAUUUUAUCCGAGUCCGUACUUUCACACGGAAUACUCAGUAUGUCGUCUCUAAUCAAAUUUAUCCGACUCAGCCAAAUAUCUCAUGUCCGAACCGAGUUAAAAACCCCGUAUCGACAGCAAUUUUAAAUUGUCACGCUUCGCCUUCUCCGACUAAAUCCGAAACCAAUCGGUCUCAAUUCAUGUUGUUCCUAAUUUGGCGCGAGGAAUUUUUUUUUCCGAGCGGCGCUAAACAAAUCAAACUCUUCGUGCGGAUAAUCUGUCAUUCUGUCCAACCGAGCACCAGCUCGCUCUGUUUUUACACAGACGGCCUCCGCGAGAGCAUUUUUAUUUCGAAAAAUAAAUUAGCGCAGCCCGAUAACGUGUUUGGGCCAGCCCAACCCAGCCCAUUUGGCCCACUAAGGAAACCCUAACCCUAGCCAUCUUCUAUAAAUAGGGGUGCUCACUUGGAAAUUUUCCAGUCCCACCCCUCAAAAAUUUCCAGCCGCCACUCUCUUCUUCCUCCUCUCCCACACGCACAGCGCUCUCCUCUCCUGUUCAUGGCGCAGAGAAGCUCUCUGCCGAGCUGCUCCCAUGGCGCCAACCUUCCCUGCGGCGAGCUCCUUCCUCCAGGCACCCAUGCCGCCGAGCUCUCCUUCACGGCGCGGGCGAGCUCCCUCCUCGGCUGCUUCCAGCCCAACUCGGCGCCCUUGCUGCAGGCGAGCAGCAGGCUCCCUGCUCCACGCGCCCCCAGCCAUGGCGUCCUGCUUCCUCCCAUGGCGCAGGAGAUGCCCCAGCGAGCUCCCUUCCCUUCCCCAUGGCUCGAGCUCGAGUUUCCUCAUGGCGCUGCCUCCCUGUCCAUGGCGACGCAGCAGCUCCCUCCCAUGGCGCCCCCUGCUCUUCCUUCUUGGCGCCCAGAAAUUGCAGCAGCAUCUCCCUCCCCCAAACUGCUCUUGCCAUGGCCGAUUCUUCCCUGCGCCCUACUCUCCCAUGGAAAUCCAGCAAGAGCCCCAUUUCCUCCAUGGCCGGCGCCCCGCGCAGCGCCUCUGCGCGACUCUCCCUCCCCAAACAGCGAGCCCCCUUCCUUGCUGCUCGUCGUGGUGCCCGCCGGCUGUUCGGUAAAAUGCGCAGCAAGCCGCGCGCUGCAGCAGCCCUCCCGUUCGAUCUCCACUCCCCUCGUCGCGUGUCGUCGCUCUCGUGCUCGCUGCGCAGCCCCAUCCGCGACGCCGUAAGUCCUCGGUGAGAUUCCUCGCUGCCCUUACUGCUGUCAUUUUUUUUGUGCGCGGUAAAACUGUUGAACCGCUGAGUGAUGUUAAUCGCAGCUAGGCGUUGCCGCGGAGCCGCGCGCGAUGCCUGUUUCGGUGAAGCCCCUAAACUGUGGACGCAUGUGCAACGCGAAUCCGAGUUUGACAGGUUGAUAGAUUUAUGAUUUACUAUUGAUGUGUUUCGAUUGAUGACAUGCAUACAAAUAUGGUGUAUAUUGAUGUUGAAUAUGUGUGGCUGCGAUAGUUAUUUUGUACGUCAUAAGAAUUGGUCGCAGAUGUAUUAAUUGAUUGUUAAAAUGCUCGUCGUAAAA